AUGAAUGAAUCCUAUAUUUCUCUCUCUGUCUUUGGGGUCUCUCUCUCUCUCCUCCCUUCUCUCUCCCCCCCUCUCUCUCUCUCCCUCUCCCCUCCCUCUCUCUCCUCUCCCUCUCCUUCUCCCUCCCCCUCCUCUCUCCCCUCUCUCCCUCUUCCCCUCUCUCUCCCUCGCUCUCUCUCCCUCGCCCCUCUCUAUUUGGUUGUAAUUUCAACACAACUCACCGAUUUCAAUUUCCGCACUUGUUUUUUUUCUUUUUCCUUCAUUUUCUUUUCACUCUGUCCUUCCUUCAUUUUUAUUCAAUUCUUCAUUUUUCUCUCUUUUGUUCUUGUUUUUUCCUUCUUUCUUUUUUGCUUCAUUAUUCUUCAUUCUUUCUUUUAUUCUUUCUUUCUUCCAUGUCUCUUUUUCACUUUUACUAUCAUCGUUCCCUUUUCUUCACUUUUUCUUCAUUCUUUUUCAGUCUUCUUCUCUCGUUUACGCGCUUUUCUUCAUUUAUUCUUUCUAUUGUAUUUCCAUUUUCACUUUCUUUCUCUUGCUUCUCCUUUCUCACUCUUUUCUUCAUCUUUUCUCUCUUUUGUUCUCUCUUUUUUUUUCUUCAUUAUUUUCAUUCUUUCCUUCUUCUCCCUCACUUUUCAUUCUUUUCCAUCUCACCUUUUAUCUUUUUCUCACUCGCUUUUUACGUUUUCUCACCUGAAAUUUUCUAUCUUUUCUUGUCUUUCUUUUUUUCGUUUUCCUUUAUUUUCACUACAAAAUUUCCUUUCUUCUUUAUCCAGUUUUUUCAACUAUUGUCUUUCUUUUCUUUUUUAUUUCUAUUACAUGCUUUCUUCCAGCCUUUUUUUAUUCACUGAGAUGUCAUUCGCAUCUCACUUUUCUAUCUAUCUCAGUAUGUUCAUAUCUAUCUAUCUUUCUCAAUCUGUUCCUAUCUAUCUCAAUCCUUUUCUAUCUAUCUAUUUAUCUAUCUAUCUAUCUAUCUAUCUUACCGCAUUUGGACCUACACACAGUUAA